CGUCUGCGCUCCUGUCUUCGACGAUCACGCGCCAUGCUGGGAGCCAGGAGGAAAGACGCCGGGAAGUCCGAGACGACGGCCAUCGACCCCCUAAGAAACCUCGGAAUCCAGGAGGAUGAGGAUGUGAAGAAGAUGCUGCAGGGCUCCAGCAUGGUGAAGGUUCGCUCCCCACGUUGGCAGAAGCGCAGGACUCUGCGGCUGCUGGAGGAUGGAGUCACUGUGUGGUGCCAGUCACACAAAUCAUCCAGCCGGGCCAAAGAGCAACAAUCCUUCUCUGUCAUGGAGGUGGAGUGUGUUCGCGAAGGCUGCCAGUUGGAGGCACUGCGCCACAUGACGGGCUCCGAAUCCACGAAGCGGUGUUUGACAGUGGUUUUCAAGGGACCACGUAAGAGUCUAGAACUCCUCUGCCAGAGCGAGGAGGAGGCUCAGCAGUGGGCCCGUGGCAUCAGGACCCUGCAGGAGCGGAUGGACAAUAUGACCCACAAGGAGAAACUAGACCAUUGGAUUCAUGCUUACCUGAGCCGGGCAGACGAGAACCAUGACGACAAGAUGAGCUACGAGGAGGUGCAAAGACUGCUGCGCAUGAUCAACGUGGACCUGAGCGAUCAGUACGCCCGCAGCCUUUUCCAGAAAUGUGAUCACUCUGCUGAUGGCCGCCUGGACCAUGAAGAGAUUGAAGUCUUCUGCAGGGAGCUGUUACGAAGACCAGAACUGGACACCAUUUUCAUCCAGCACUCGGCAAACGGCUGCGUGCUCUCCACUGUGGACUUGAGGGACUUCCUAAAGAAGCAGGAGGAGGACUGCUCUGUGACUCACGCCCAGAGCCUCAUCCUUACCUACGAGCUCAACGAGUGGGCCCAGAAGAACCAUCUGAUGACUCCCAAUGGGUUUACCAUGUACAUGCUGUCCAAGCAGAACUGUGUAUUCAAUCCAGAUCACGCCCGGGUCUACCAGGACAUGACGCAGCCAUUGGCUCACUACUUCAUCUCUUCAUCUCACAACACCUACCUCACCAAGGACCAGAUGACCGGGGACAGCAGCACUGAGCCAUACAUACGAGCUCUGAGCCAUGGCUGUCGCUGUGUAGAGCUGGACUGCUGGGAUGGAGAUGGAGGGGAGCCUGUCAUCUACCAUGGACACACCCUGACCUCCAAAGUGCCCUUUGUUGACGUCAUCAAGAUCAUCAAUGAGUACGCCUUCAAGGCGUCCUCCUUUCCUCUGAUCCUCUCUCUGGAGAACCACUGCUCUGUGGAACAACAAGCUGUCAUGGCCCGACACCUGCGCUCCAUUCUUGGGGAGAAACUACUGCAGCGGCCUCUCAGCACAGAGAAGUCCAAAUGCCUUCCUUCCCCAGAGGAUCUAAAGGGUAAGAUCCUGGUGAAGGGGAAGAGGGAAGAGUCAGCAGAGGAGUGUUCCUCCAGUUCUUCAGACCUUAACUCUUCAGAUGACGAGACCAGCGUGGCAGAAGGGAGAUCCAAGAAGAAGAAAGAUGGCAAAAAGGCUGGUGUGUCAAAGCUGAAUCCAGAGCUGUCUGAGUUGGUGGUAUACACCCGCAGCGUUCACUUUAAGGGUUUUGAUCAAGCUGCCAAAAGCUCGCCACUCCAAAUGUCGUCCUUCUCUGAGAGAGAAGCACUCAAGCUUAUUAAGGAUUCUGGGGUCCUCUUUGUGCGCCACAAUAGUCACAAGCUCAGCAGGAUUUACCCAUCUGGCCAGCGCCUCCAGUCCUCCAACUACAACCCUCAGCAGAUGUGGAAUGCAGGCUGUCAGAUCGUUGCUCUGAACUUCCAGACACCUGGCGAGCUGAUGGACCUGAACCAAGGCCGUUUUCUGCAGAACGGUCUGUGUGGAUAUGUUCUGAAGCCUCCUUUCAUGUGCACACCUGACAGCACCUUCAACCCUGAAAACGUUGGAGGAGGCCCCGGUCACAGACCUAUCCUCCUCACCAUUCGGGUCAUUUCAGCUCAGCAGCUCCCAAAACCAGAAUGCGACAAACCUAGCUCUAUUGUGGACCCUCAAGUUUGGGUGGAGAUUCAUGGAGUUCCUAUUGACAACAACAAGGAGAAAACUCAUUAUGUUGAGAACAAUGGCUUUAACCCACAGUGGAACUGCACCUUGAAUUUCACCGUCCAUGUUCCCGACUUGGCUCUGGUCCGCUUCAUGGUGGAGGAUCACGACUAUACCUCAAGCAAUGACUUCCUAGGACAAUACACGUUACCUUUCACCAGUAUGCGGUCAGGUUACCGACAUGUUCCCUUGUUUAAGCUUGAUGGGUCCAGCCUUUCACCCUCUGCACUCUUCAUCCAUGUGAAGUUCAGCACCUGUCAGAGCAGUCCAUCCAGAUCCUAAGCUGAUCACCAGGGAGGUUAACAUCCAAGUGUCAAACCAAGAGAGUCUAACCUUGCCUCCUCUCACACAGCAGCUGACAUAACCAACUAACGAGGAUGCAAAAUCUGGUUUAUGUGCUCACAGAAGUCCUACUAUGGCAAAAAACCUUUAUCUAUUUUUAUUUUAGUAGUAGGCCUUAUGUUAUCUUAGUUAUGCUUAGAUUUAUCAAAAGAAAGGAAACACUAUUCAAAAUUCUAAAGCUGUAUUGCUGCUGGACAUAUCCAGUGACUUGAGUGAAAAACUAGUCACUGUUGUGGUGAAAACCUGAAGAAUUUCUGUUUUCUUUGGCAAAAAAGAAGAAAGAGAAAACUGUUUAAAUCUGCUGUUCUUUUGCAUGACAGUUAAACAUAUUAUCAGACUUCAUCUCUUCAUUUCUAACAGAAAACGCUCUUAUGUACCAUAUGCCUUAGUCACAACUGCCCUAAUGGGUGGAUACGAGCCGUCUGCGGGUGAAAAAUGGGCAAAUCUUUAUAAGACAUGCAGGUGGCCCACAAAUAAUUUCAACAUCAUAGACCUUAAGGCAAAAAUAUUCAUUAUUAUAUAAUGCACAUUUUUUCUACAGGCCUACAGGUUGUAGCAAACACUUAUACAACAUAUAAGGGGGAAGGUGCGUAGGUGAGACACAGGCACGUCAUCCAAAAUUUUCAAUUUUUUCAACCCUACAAACCCUGCGCACCCUUUGCACACUCCAUGUGUGCAGCCUGCCUGUUAAGCUGCGUUCAUGUCAAUAGCAAUUUGCGCAGCAAAUUCGCAACAGUCGGCUCUCUUUCGCUGUGUGAACACCUUUCUUUCCAGAACACCUUUCUUUCCAGAACACCUUUCUGUCCAGAGCUUGACGCCCCUGCCCCGUGUGAAAGGAGCUUCCAGCAAAUAUUUUUAGCCUGAUAGUAACAUGGAGCGGUGUCUGCGUUUUUGCUGUUUACAAUAAACGGAAGACAUGGAUAAUGUUCAAGGUUUGUGCCCGGCCGGAAUUAUAUGACAUCAAGUCUUUUAUAUAUAUCCAAAUAGAGCUUGCACCACUUUGACUUUUCGGACUGUAGGAACAAGCGUUGGCAUCUGGUAGCGAAAGUCCAGUGUGAACACCAUACGCUAAAAGCACGGUUAUUAAUGGCUGUUCAGCGCGUUCUUGAACACAUAUCACAUGUUAGUGUAUAUGUAGCAUCAAACUUACCACACACACAAUAAUUGUACGUGGCAUAUUCAUAACGUCCUUAAGGUGGCCUCGUGGGCUUUAAGUGAACUGCAGGACAUUGAGCUCACUUAAAGAUUGGGUGCACUUGUCCACUAACCUCCAUGGGCCCGGACAACCCAAAAACCCACAGCACAACCCCCUGUAUGGCUGCAUGCGACUAAGGCAUUGAAUAGAACAAACUUUCACCACUUUUCUUCAAUUUCAUGUAAACAGCUCAUUUAACCUUUUAUUGUCUCUAUGGUCUCAGAACACCAGCUGCGGUUACAUGGACAAAAGUAAUCGGAGUAAACGUCUGAUCAGCAUAAAAAUGCGUCAUGUAAACUCACUGUUCGGAGUACUCAUUCUAAUCAAAAUUCCCUUCCGAUCGAGAUAGGUGGGUUAUGCCGAUUGUUGAUACGAUCAUAGUGGAUGUAAACAAUUUUUUCUGAUUGUGGGUCACUACUACUCUGGCUUUUACGUCAUGUGUAAACAAUGUGCAUAUGUAAACAUUUGUUAUAAUUGGAUAAAGUUUUUCUGGGCCCAUGUAUACAGUUCAAUUCUAAGCUGAUCUUUGAUCUGUUCAAAGACAUUUUGCACUUGUAACCGCAGCUACUGAGUUACUGCUGUUUUUGAAGUCUGGGGGUGCUGUAGCGUCCGGGACAUGUUCCUGGAAAAAACUCCACUCUGAUGUUGAAGCUUCAGGCACUAUAGUAUUUAUUUAAAGUAUUUACUCAGCAACAAAUUAAGGCAGUCUAAAGUGAAGAAAUAUUUCAGGGAAACACUGUCAAACCAUCUGUCUGCAGUUAGGUCAGGAAGGGCAGUGGUAAGUCCUAGAUAUACCACAUCAUCCUUGGGUGUCAAAUACUUUAUUGUCCCAUUUGUGCCAAGGCCAUAUAUUUUAUUUUAAAAAUUGUUGUCACAUACUUGGGUAUGAGAAGAUUAAAAAAUAUUUCUAUCCAGGGCUCUUAAGUCUUAUGUGUGAACCUAUACCUAAGUGUUAAUGAAACACUAAGUGUUUCCUUAUUCUUCCUAAAAACUUAAAGAAAGGAUGAGGCUUGCUCAGACAGCAUUGUCAGUUAUGGAGUACCACAGAGGCUCUCUGUUUGAUGCAAUUCUGUUUAGUAUUUACUUUCAUCAAUUAUUAUUAGUCAAGAUAGCAUACAUUUAUUUUGUUUUUUGAUGAUACAUAGUUUUGCCUAUCUAUUUAACCAGAAUUAUCUCACAGUUUACAAGACUUAAGGGAUAUCUUAGUAAUUUAAAGAUUUUGAUUACUUUUACUUGUACAGAAUCCCACUGGAUGACAUCAUUGUGGUCUUCAGAGAUGUGAGACACUUUAGAGUCAUUUUUUAUGAAAUCAAGUUUGUGGAAUUUUCUUCUUUCAUCUCCUACAAUAUUUCUAAAAUCAGGACUAUCCAUCAAUUUUCUAAACCCACUGUAUUCCAUCUGAGGUCAUUAGGAUCCUGGACACCAACUACUGAAGGCAUCACUUGAUAAUUCUCUGGACAAUUCAUCAGUUCACUGCAAACAUACCCAUUUACACCUUAGAAAUAUUAGAAACAUACAGCAUGUUUUUGGACUGUGAUAUAAAGCAGAAGUACCCAAGAAAAGAACCCUGCAUGCCCUGACAAAACUCAUGCAUGCAGAGGAGAACGUGCAAAGCCUAUAUAAGAAGCUUGCCAACUAAGACCUUUUGCUGUAUUGGGGAAUGUGAUUUCAAAAUUAUUUUACUAAAAAAAAAGUUAAAAAGGAAGAGCCAUCUCAUAAUUUCUUUCUUUCUUUUCCUCAACCAACUAACUUUGAGAGAAUGUGGGUGGUGGCACGGCUUACAGCCCCAAAGCCCCAAGGGCCAAAUGUUGUCACAAUUUUUUCUUUUCCUAAUCCAAGGAUCUUAAGUAUUUUUCUCCUUUUUUGGGUGCUCCUCGUCCUUUUUGUCAGUGAAGUCUGUUUGCAUUCAAACUAAAGAAACCCACACUUUAUUUCACCUGCAAGUUAAGAAUACCAUUAUUUUCAAGAGGAACCAAGUUAUCUUCAGGUCAGAACACCUGCCAAACCAAGAGGACCGUCAAAGGAAACCAGUAAAUGCCCCUCAAGAUGAACAAUGUACUGCUGAAGGGGAAUGUGUCACCAUACAAAGUGACAUUAAUGUUUUGGUUUGUGCUAAAGCAAUAUAUGUAAUCAUGAUCCAAAAACAGUUCCAGCAUUCAUGCCUGCAUUGAAGUUGUUGGUUUUUUGUUUUUUAAGUGCUCCUGGUUGUGUUCAUCGUAGAACCUUAAAGUAAAACUCACUCAGAGCGUCUUACAAACACAGAUGAGCGCUAUGGUAGCAACAAAGAGUUGAGGGGGUUACAAAAGAGCAUAUCGGCUGUGGAUGCUAAGAAUCAAACCACAAACUCUUUAGAUUAUGACUUCUCUACCUCCUGAUCCACAUCUGUCUAUGACUUUUUAAUGUACUAUAACAGUGUUUUAAAUAUUUCUGUACUAACAAAUGAAGAUGGGAUGGUUUUCAAUCAGAGCUAUGUUUGUAAGCUAUUUUACCAGGAGGUGUACUUAUGUACUGUUGUAAAGUUUUACAGUUGUCCCAAAUGAGAGAAAUAAAGUCUAACAAAUUCA